UUAACACAAAACAAAACCAGUUUGCGUUUCUUUAUUUGUUUGCAGAAAAAGCUAAUAAACUUCAGGAGCAAAUGGGUCACCGCUUCUCCAAGCGUGGGCUGUCGAGCACAGACAACCUGCCCUCAGGCCAGUUUUCAGGCAGUGAAGAGGCUCCUCCGCAUUACUCCUCUUACAGUAAUGGCAUCGAUACGGCCAUCACGGUGGAUUCACCCACACGGAGAUCAUCUGAAGUUCUGAACUCGCGGCAGGACAGCAGACGACCCUCCAUAUACAGCACCAUCGACGCGAUGCCGCAUCUGGAGUUUUAUGCCAACGCCACCACCACGGGCCGCAUCCGCCGCAGCCGGCCAUCGCUGGAGACUCUGCGCAAAGUCUGCGAUAAUGGCGAAUGUGGCGUUAACUCAGGCGACUCCUGCGCGGGAAGCAUUGCAGCGUUACAAGAGACUGAAAACAAAUCUGAGGAAAAUGGAGAAACAGCAAAGAAGUCUGAGCCUGUUCGCUUCGGAUGGGUCACCGGGGUCAUGAUUCGCUGUAUGCUGAAUAUUUGGGGCGUCAUUCUGUUCCUGCGCUUGUCCUGGAUCACAUCUCAAGCAGGAAUCCUUCUGACGUGGUUAAUUAUACUGAUGUCUGUCCUUGUGACGUCCAUCACAGCGUUGUCUGUAUCUGCCAUUUCCACCAAUGGGAGAGUCUCUUCUGGUGGCGCAUACUUCAUGAUCUCCCGAACUCUGGGACCAGAGCUCGGAGGGCCCAUCGGUGUGGUGUUUUCUUUCGCGAACGCUCUCGCCUGUGCGCUCAACACAGUGGGGUUUUCGGAGACGGUCAGAGAUCUUCUCAUUAAUAACUCUCAAAUUGUGGAUUCAGUCAAUGACGUCCGAAUUAUAGGAUCCAUCACGGUCACCGCGCUGCUGCUCAUCUCAUUGGCUGGGAUGGAGUGGGAAUCUAAGACUCAGAUCCUGUUCUUCUUGGUCCUCAUGGUUUCCUUCACCAACUAUUUUGUCGGCUCAGUGAUUCCAGCUACCCCGCAGAAGCAGUCCAUUGGUUUCUUCAGUUACCGCAGUGAGAUCUUUGUGGAAAACCUCUUUCCAGACUGGAGAGGACCAGACGGAGACUUCUUCCGAAUGUUUGCCAUCUUUUUCCCAUCCGCCAUCGGGAUCCUCGCUGGAGCAAACAUCUCAGGAGAUCUGAAGGAACCGGAGAUUGCCAUCCCGAGAGGAACACUGAUGGCCAUUUUCUGCACCACCAUAAGUUAUCUGGCCAUCUCUUCAACUGUUGGUGCAUGUGUGCUGCGUGACGCUUCCGGAAACAUGAAUGACAGUCUGCCACUGAAUUUCACGGAGGCGUGUGAUUCUCUGAGCUGCUCUCUGGGCUGGAACUUCACUGAGUGUGAGCAGAGCGGCUCCUGCUCUUAUGGCCUCUCCAACAGCUUCCAGGUUCUGGUCCAGGUCUCUGGCUUUGGUCCUUUGAUUUACGCUGGUAUAUUUGCAGCCACCCUGUCGUCCGCUCUUGCGUUCCUCGUCUCCGCACCCAAAAUCUUCCAGUGUCUCUGUCGGGAUAACAUCUACCCAUACAUCGGCUUCUUUGGAAAGGGUUAUGGGAAAAACAGCGAGCCGCUGCGUGCUUAUCUGCUCUGUUACAUCAUAGCAAUGUGCUUCAUUCUGAUUGCUGAGCUGAACACAAUCGCUCCUCUGAUCUCCAACUUCUUCCUCUGCUCUUACGCUCUGAUCAACUUCAGCUGUUUUCACGCUUCCAUCACCAAUUCACCAGGAUGGAGGCCGUCAUUUCGCUAUUACAGCCCCUGGACGGGUUUAUUCGGCGCAGCGAUUUCUGUGGUGCUGAUGUUCCUCCUCACCUGGUGGGCUGCGCUCAUCUCUUUAGCCUUGAUCAUCUUCUUAUUUGGCUAUGUGGCCUAUAAGAAACCAGAGGUGAACUGGGGCUCCUCUGUUCAAGCCAGCACCUACAACAUGGCUCUGUCAUACUCUGUGUCUCUGGCCGGAGUCGAAGAUCACGUCAAAAACUACAGGCCUCAGUGUCUGGUUCUGACUGGUCCUCCGACUCUCCGUCCUGCACUGGUGGACUUUGUGGGGUCUUUCACCAAAAAUGUCAGCUUGAUGAUUUGUGGAGACAUUAUCAUGGAGGAUGAGAAGUCCAUCAUGUCUGAGUGUAACACUAAUGAGAUGCUGAAGUGGCUCAAUCAGAGGAAAGUUCGCUCUUUCUACACCGCCUUCAGAUCAUCCAGUCUAAGAGAAGGAGCUCGCCAUCUUCUGCAGGCCUCUGGUUUGGGAAAGCUGAGGCCGAAUAUACUGGUGAUGGGAUUUAAAAUGAACUGGCAGGAGAGCAACAGCCAAGAUAUCGAGGACUACAUCAACACCAUAUAUGAUUCUUUCGAUUCCAACCACGGCGUGUGUGUCCUCCGCAUGAUGGAUGGACUGGACAUCCGAGAUGAGUUACAGACUGAAGUCAAUCCAGUGUUUGAGCCGGACGAACCCAUCGAGUUUGAUCAGCAGAAUUCAGACUCCGAUUCAGAUGUGGACAACACAAAGAACAUUGCCAACGAUCAGAUCAAAACGGUGUUUCAGACCAAACAAGGAAAGAAGACCAUUGACGUGUACUGGAUCUCUGAUGAUGGAGGUUUGACUCUGUUGGUGCCGUAUCUGUUGACCAGAAGAAAACGCUGGAGACGGAGCAAAGUCAGAGUGUUUAUUGUUGGCGAACAGAAAACUAUGGAGGACGAGCGCAAAGAGAUGAAGACUUUGCUCCAGCGUUUCCGACUGGACGUUCAUGAUGUGAUUGUGAUGACGGACAGCAAACGACAACCGCUUGCCAAAAACAUGCAGCGUUUCGAGGACACUGUCGCCCCCUUCAGGCUGAAUGACGCACAGCUGGACGAGCGGACGGUGCAGCAGCAGAGAAUGGAGAACCCAUGGAAGGUCACGGACAAACAGAUGGACGCGCUGAGACUCAAGUCUGAGAGGAAAGUGCGGCUGAACGAGAUCAUUCGGAGGAAUUCCCAACACGCCGCUCUGGUUCUAGUGUCUCUCCCCGUCCCUCAGGCUGAUUGUCCCAGCUCUCUUUAUAUGGCCUGGUUGGACACGCUGAGCUGCGGUUUACACUGUCCAGUCCUGCUUAUUCGGGGAAACCAGCAGAACGUCAUGACCUUCUACUGCCAGUAAAAACACCAACAGCAGAUUUACUGUUGAAGUCAGAAUUAAAAGCCUUCCUGAAUUAUUUGCCCCUCUUUAAUGGA